AUGGUGUUCCAGAAUAAAAUUCAAGUUUUAGCUUUACUAGAAACUAGAAUAAGUGGUAAUAAGGCUGAGAGAGUCAUUAGAAGUCUUGGUUUUGAUAGUUUUUUCAUUAGAGAUGUUGUGGGCUACUCUGCUUCGGGUGAGGAAGAGAAUUUUACCUUCAUUUAUGGCAGUCCUAAGAGGCCUGAGAGGGCUGCCCUGUGGUCUGGUUUAAGGAAUAUUGCUGACAGGGGUCUGGAUAAAUGGGCAGUAAUGGGGGAUUUUAAUGCCUAUUUGGAAGUGAGUGAUAAGCAAGGUGGAGCUGAUGUGAACUGGGGAAGCAUGCAAGAAUUCGCCAAUUGCUUAAGUGACUGUGGCCUGUCAGAUUUAGGCUUCUCUGGUCCCAAGUUUACAUGGAAGAGAGGAGCACUUCAAGAAAGGAUUGAUAGGCUGUUAGGCAAUGAGGGGUGGAUGCUGAGUUUCCCUAAUAGAUCUAUUUCUCACAUUCAUUACUAUGGGUUUGAUCAUAGACCUCUAGUUUUGAAAAAUGGCAACGAAGGAUACUCGGCUGGAGGGGGUUGGGUUGCUUCUAAAGAGGAUUUUCAUAAGGAAGCUGUGGAGUGGCAUCACCUUAAGUUCAAAGAGGACCAGAAGAAAAAGUUGAAUAUCCAAAGAAGGAUAAGGGGUGUGGAUUUACAACUCAGCAGGGGUCCUAAUGAAUCUCUUGAAAGACUUCAUAGGGAUUUAUGGCAGGAACUAAAUAAAAUCUUCAUUCAGGAGGAGAUUACUUGGUUUCAAAGGUCUAGGAAUAACUGGCUUGCUUAUGGAGAUAGGAAUUCAAGGUUUUUCCAUGCUACAACAGUUGCCAGAAACAGAAGGAACAAAAUCAUGUCCCUGAAGGAUGAGCAGGAUGAGUGGAUACAAGACCCAGAAGCCUUAAAAGAGAUGGUGAUUGGUUUCUUUAAAAAUCUAUAUAAAGAGGAGUGUCUGGAUGCUCAGAUUUCAAACAUUGUAAACCUGUUUCCAGUGCUUGAUAGUCAGGAAUGGGCAAACAUUGGGAUUAAUCCUGGGCUGGAGGAAAUCAGGAGAACCAUCUUCAAAAUGUAG